AUGCCUGAUACAGAAACAGUUGCACAACAAACAUUAAGUUUGGGUAUGUUGGCGAAUACAGUUGAAAGUUUUGGUGGGAAAGGUAAUGUGAAGACUUAUUUUGAAAAAUUAGAACAGCGCUCUAAAUUAGAAAAUUGGAAUGAACAAAAAACUUUACAAAUCUUUAAAUAUAGGUUAUCGGGUGAAGCGUAUAAUUUUUUUAAAGUUGAUGAAUCCUUAAACUCUUUGUCAUUUAAUGAUCUUAAAGGGAAAUUUUUAAAACGUUUUCAGCCUUUUGAGUUACCAGGAAGGGCUCUUAAUAAUCUACAAAGGUGUUAUCAAAAUUCUGAUGAAAGUGUUAAUGCUUUUGUAGAAAGAAUUAAAUUAUUGGGAAUAAAAAUUUUAGAGGAAAAUUUGAAAAAUGCCGCAGAAACCGAUAAACCGGGCAUAAAAAAUAUGAAUAAACAGUUAGUUUUGAAUCAAUUUAAAAUAGGGUUGAAUACAAAUUUGUUGAGAAAUCUGGGUAGUUUAUACAUGAGGGAAGCUGAUUUAGACAUAGAUACAGCGGUUCAAUACGCAAUUGAAGAAGAAGCCAAUCAAUAUUUUUUACAAAGGAACCAAGGCAAUAAUAGAGUAAAUGUUAUUAAAUGUAGAGCUUGCGGAAAAAUGGGGCACUUGGAUAGGAACUGUUACACAAAUAAUAAUCGUCAAAAUUAUAGGUCUUAUAAUAAUAAUGGUGAUAAUAAUAGGAAUAAUUGUUUUCCCCAAAAUUCUACGAAAAAUUUUAGAAACAUGUCAAAUAAUAAUUUUCCAGACAAAACUUUAAUCAAAGAAAUUAUAAUAGUGGACAAUAUAACGGCAAUAUUCAAAAUAGAGGGUAAUUUUAUGGAUGAUAAUGACGAUAAUAAUAAUAAUGAUUUUUGCGAUGUUAGCGAUUUAAAUGAAGUCGAGAAUAUUUUAUAUGAUGACGAAAUUUGUAGAGAGAAAAAUGAUGAUGAAAUAGAUAAUUUUAAGGUUAAUAAUGAAAAUAGGGUGUUGGGUGUUGAUAAUCUAGAUCCUGUGGUAGAUGUUCAGGCUCGCAGUAAGAAGAACAUUUCUACAGUUGGGAGUACUUGGACUCAAAGUAAGGGAAGUACUGUCAGUGGAGUUUGUGAAACGGAGUAUCCAACUAACAGUGUUAUUCUAAAUUCUAAAAACUCUAGAGUAGAUUUUAACAAGGUUUCGGAAUUAAAAGACGUUGAAGAAAAUGAUAUUUGUGAAGAAAAUAAAGGAAUGUUAUGUGUUAAAAAAGAUAUUAGGGAUGCUAAUGUUGAGUCAAUUAAGAAUAAUGAGUUUAGUGAUAAUAAUGAGAAAGGUUUUGCUAUAUUUAAUAAUAAUAAUAACGUCGGAAAAAGUAAAAAUAAUGGAGUUAAAGAUAUUAAGGAAUCUCAAAUAUUAAUAAAUGAACGAAUUAAAAAUGGUAAUGAACUUGGUAAUGAAAAUAAAAUUCUUUAUGCUGUAACAGUAUCCGAAUCAAUGAUUCCUGCACUAUGCGAGGUUAAUGUGCCUGUAAAAAUAAACGAUCUGAAGAAUGAUAUAUUGAUUGAACCUAUUUAUUUUAGCGUUGAAGUUAUGGGUGAUACUAAUAAAAUCAGUAAACCUUCUGUUAAAAUAAGAGAUAAAAUAGAGCCAAGGCAAAGGAGUUUCUCACUAGGAAGCACUAAAUUAUCACAAUCGGAUAUUAACAAAAUAAUAGGGGUCAUGGACAAGGACAAAGAGAAUCAACAAACGCGCUGCACGGCCCGCGCAGUUUCGAAUAGUAAGGAAAUACGAGGGAGCUCCGAAAACAUCGAUACUGUAAAAAAUUCGAAAAGCCAAAGGGAAAUGUACGACACUAUUUUUAAUCCAAGACAUUCCGUAAAUAGAACACCUCCAAUGACGGGAAACGAUCUAAUAGUGGAAAAUCCUUCUGAAGAAAACAAUAGUAAAAGACUAAGAUCAGAUGCCUCAAGCCCAGAACAAGAACAAACGUCUAAUAAAAGAUUGUGUGGAAGAACAAUGAACUUUGAAAUCGAGACUCAAAAAAAUGAAGAUAUGAGAAUAAAGCCGGCAGCCUCGGAAGAACUCAUCAACAAUGUAUUUACAGCGUUAGAUCAAAUAGCACUGAUAACUGGAAAAGAGGAACAAGACGAAAAAACAUAUUUGUCCCAAAGUGAACAAAAAUCAGUAAGAGAGGCGCGGGACACAAUACAUAGAGCUCUAACAGUGUUAGUUUUUAAAGUGAGCGAGCUGGAAAAUAAAAAUAUAAUCCUAGAACAAACAAUGUGUCAAAGGAAUAAAGAAAAAUCCCUUUCUAAACCAAAUGAUAGAGACCUCAGACCAGUUACAGUAAAGGUAAGAAAAGUAAAUACAAGAAAAGAUUGCGUAGUCCAUAUAAAUAAACUAAAACCUUACACGGCCACGGAUCUUCAAAACGAUAAUACCUAUAAUAAUGAAAUAAGUAAAGAAAAUAUUUUAAUUGAUAAUUUUGAUGAAGAUAAUCAAAAUAUUGAUAUGGAGGAUGAGGAUGAUGAAAUAUUGAAUAAUACUUUAAAUAUUAUACCUUUUUUAACACCAUUAGAAGUAAUUUCCGAAGAAGUACCCCAAGUGAACGAACCUGACAUUCACCCUGUUUUACCCCGAAGGUCAAGGAGAAUAAGGAGACCUCCUGAUAGAUUAGCUCUUUCAAUGGUCCAAGGGGGAUUAUAUAGCUACAUUCAUCCUGUAGGACGUGAAAAUUGUAUGGAUAUACAUAACUUAAAAACUUUCAAUUUUUAUAAUAAAAUUAUUGGAAAUAUUGUACUAAAUGGAACUACUUCGGUUUAUACUGUAAUUGUGGGAAGUAAAACCGAUGGUGGUGAUUGUAAAGGCGGAAAUUAUCAAGAAAAUGGAAGGAUUUGGGAGAACGUAGUAAUAAGUGCCACAGUUAAAAUUUCAACUCUACAAUACUUAGCAAAAUUAAAGCUUGAUGAUGAUGAACUAAGUUUAAAAGAUCAAAUUGUUUGUCCAUUUACAAAGGGAUAUUGUUUUGAUUCCACAUAUGGAGAUACAGCAUGGAAACUUAAUUUUGAUGAAACCUGUUGGGACAAAUUUACAAUAUUGUUUGAGGGUAUUGGAUAUGAAAUAACUGAAAAGAAUGCGAAUAAAUUUAUUGUAAUCGAGGAAGAAAAUAAAGUUUUUGCGUUAACUUUAUUGAAGAAAUUUGAAUUAUGUGGUUUAAAAAUGUUUUAUACAGAACAUCCACAGAUAUUAAUAUUAAUGGAAGAAAAUCGACAAGGAGAACAUUUUAAAGUUACGGUAAAUACAGCUGAUAUAAACUUAUUAGCUUAUGUCAACAGUAAAUUUUUGUAUGUGGAGCAAUCAUAUAAAAGGUCAAUUAACGCACUUUAUAAGGAUACAAUCCAUAGAAGAUGUUUAUUAAAAAGAGAUAUUCUAAUAAACAGACUACUGUUAGCUCCUUUAACACCCACUGCAAUAAGUUCUUUACUGAAAAAAGAAAUUGGUUAUAUAGGAAGAGUAUUGGGAGAAGUACUCUACAUAAUGAAAUGUACGCCGAGAAGUGUGGAACUCCGAAGGGCAGAUCGUUGCUAUAAUGAAUUACCUAUUUUAGUCUCAAAUGAAUCAGCAUUUUUAGCUCCAAUAACCCAUAUAAUACAAUAUCACGCAGAAGAAAUAGAAUGUAAUAUUCUUGCUCCACCAAUGUAUCUAAUUAAUGGAAAAUGGAUUGGUUUAGUUCCUCAUCCUGUUGUAAUGGACGAACCACACAAACUUAAACCCGAAAAUGAAAAACAAAUUUAUUUUGCUUCCAUAAAACCAGUUAGUGCAGCUGGGCUGUACACAAAUGAUGAAGUUAUUAAAGCCCAAAAGAGUAUCGUAUUUGGUAGCGAGAGGAAGGCGGUUCAAAAUAUUUUGGCUCGCCGAAUUGCAGGAUAUGAUGUAAGUGAUCAAGGAUUUUCAACGCUGAAAAUUUUCGAUGUUAAGGAGAUGCAUAAACUGGCAAGAUCCACCUUUAAAACUGUUUGGGGUUGGUUCACAGGUUUUGGACUUUUCUUUGCGGGAUUUUUUGGUAAAGGCAUAUCACAUUCUUGCAGAGGUCCUUCUAAUUCUAAUGCUCGUGAAAAUAUAUUGAAUAUAGUACAACAGUUACCCCAAAAACAGCAGAACCAAAUAAUAACUAAACUUUUGAAAAGAAAAAUAUCCAACAAUGCAUUGUUGGAUAUUAAUGAUAACAAGGCUAAAGAUGAGCUCGUGUUAAAUACUCUUGGAUCGAAGGUUCGGGUAACUGUAAAUAAAGAAAAAGAAGUAAGAUUUUCUGCCGAAAAAUUAGAUAACUUCCAAGCUAAUACUGGAUCGUCUACAAAUUACAUGAAAAAAUUGGCUAACUUCAUUCGUAGUUCUGCGCGUAGAAAAUCAGUUCCCAUGAAUUAUAAUCAAAAUUUGUAUGAAAAAUCUAAUAUGCUGGAACACCUUUAUAAAGAUGGUUUCUACGAAUUCGAAACAUCCAACGAUGGAAUUAAAAAGAGGCUAGUUGUGUAUGCUACUGCAUCAGAACUCGUUGACUUUAUCUUUGAAAAACAAAACAUUGAACACAUAGAACAAUCAAAAAUAAAAGUAAUGGCAGAUGGAGGACAAUAUUUCUUCAAAAUUUCUCUUUAA